AUGCUUUGGAUCGAAGGAUCCUUCCCGCAGCCGAGUUCCUUGCCCAGCUGUAUUAGCUCUUCCAAGUUCCAAGUCCAACCCCACUUCUCCCCUCCCCCUCCCCGCUUCUUCUUAAAGCUUCGAGUCAGAAUCAAUCCCCUCCCCCAACGCAAGGCAGACUUCUUCUUCCCUCAUUCGUCGUCCUCCCAAUCACCGGAUACCGGAAUCAACCAGGACGAGGACCCCUCGUACAUCAUGUCAGCGAGCAAUCUGAGGCGGCGGCUCCAUCACGCAGAUGUUGAUGGAAGGAAGAAUGAACAUGUUGGCAUAUCCCAUGUAGAUUCCCUGGAUGAACCUCUACUAGGGAAAUCUAGUUAUGACGGUGGCGGAUCGGAAGUAUAUGACCCCAGAAGGCAAGACUUGUGGGAUGAUGAUGAUAGGAAAAAGGAACAAUUACACUGGUCAUUUCUUUUCUCAAAUUUGAUUGCGCAGUGGGCACAGUGGUUAGCAAAUAUUAUUGUAAGCUCCGGGUCAAUUUUUGGUAGGUUGUUUCCCUUUUCUUCGGAUAACGAAACCAGCAAUCCAGUAUAUCUUAGUCCUUUGCAGGAAGAAAGAUUGGACAAUUUAAGACGCAGAUUGAAAAUCCCUUUUGAUGGUUCCCGUAUUGAGCACCAAGACGCCUUGAAACAACUGUGGAAGUUAGCUUACCCAAGUCGCGAGAUUCCUCCUCUAAAAUCAGAAUCGUGGAAGGAGAUGGGUUGGCAAGGCACUGAUCCAUCAACAGAUUUCAGGGGUGGUGGAUACAUAUCAUUGGAGAACCUCAUCUUUUUCGCUAGGAACUACCCAGCAUCCUUUCAAAUGCUUCUGAACAAAGUGCAAGGUCAAAGAGCAGAUUGGGAGUACCCUUUUGCAGUUGCUGGUAUCAACAUUUCAUUCAUGCUGAUCCAGAUGUUGGAUCUGCAAUCAACUGUUCCAUCUUCAAAGUCAGGAAUUCGUUUCCUGGAACUACUCGGACGAGAUGAACAUGCGUUUGAUCACCUCUAUUGUGUAGCCUUUCGGAUGCUUGAUGCCCAGUGGCUCGUGAAACGUGCUUCAUAUAUGGAGUUCAAUGAGGUGAUGAAAUCCACGAGAACUCAGUUGGAGCGUGAACUGGUUUUAGAGGAUGUAUUGGCGGUCAAGGACCUACCGUCUUACACAAUGCUGGACAAAUAA